GUGGAGGGUGGGAGUCCGGGCCGCCAGGGCGUGGCCGCUCCACGGGCCCGCCCAGCCUUCUGCGCCUCCGCGCGCCAAAGUCAAAGUGCUGGUCCCGCCGGCGCGAGCGUCAGUGACGCUGCAGCCCCGAGCUCCCGGUGCCGUCGCCGUUCUGCAGGUCCCGCGCCGCCGCCAGCAGGCAUGGCCACCCCACCCAAGAGGUUCUGCCUUUCUCCCUCCACCAGCUCCGAGGGGACACGCAUCAAGAAGAUCUCCAUCGAGGGGAACAUCGCUGCUGGGAAGUCAACGUUUGUGAAUAUCCUGAAACAAGUCUGUGAGGAUUGGGAAGUGGUUCCUGAACCUGUUGCCAGGUGGUGCAAUGUUCAAAGUACUCAAGAUGAAUUUGAGGAAUUGACAACGUCUCAGAAAAGUGGUGGGAAUGUUCUUCAAAUGAUGUACGAGAAACCCGAGCGGUGGUCUUUUACCUUCCAAUCAUACGCCUGUCUCAGCCGGAUCCGAGCUCAGCUUGCCUCUCUCAACGGCAAGCUCAAAGAUGCAGAGAAACCUGUAUUAUUUUUUGAACGAUCUGUGUACAGCGACAGGUAUAUUUUUGCAUCUAACUUGUAUGAAUCUGACUGCAUGAAUGAAACAGAGUGGACAAUAUAUCAGGACUGGCAUGACUGGAUGAAUAGCCAGUUUGGCCAAAGCCUUGAACUGGAUGGAAUAAUUUAUCUUCGAGCUACUCCAGAGAAAUGCUUAAACAGAAUUUACUUUCGGGGAAGGAGUGAAGAGCAGGACAUCCCCCUUGAAUACCUAGAGAAGCUACACUAUAAGCACGAGAGCUGGCUCCUUCACCGGACGCUGAAAACCAACUUUGAUUAUCUUCAAGAGGUGCCUAUCCUCACACUGGACGUCAAUGAAGACUUUAAAGACAAGCAUGAAAGUCUGGUUGAAAAGGUCAAAGAAUUUUUGAGUACUUUGUGAUCAUCUGGGCAAACUACAGGCGAUGGAUGUCUCCAGACACUUUAGUUUGUGUGCCAUUGUAGCUUGCUCUUCGUACGAAGGUCUUUACAACAGGAUUCAAGUUUUUAAACUAUUGGUUUUUUUGUUUUGUUUUGUUUGUUUUUUUUAAGGAAAACUUUUCUUUAUAUAUGUCUUUUAUUUAAUAUUCAGAAUCCCCUGUAAAACUGCAUCCCUCCUUUAUUCUUUACACCCCCCUCCUCCCUCCCACAGUUUUAAAUCAGAACUGUUGUAUCUCACACCAGGAAGUCUGGAGGUAGGUGUUCUCAGAGUUGGUAAAGUGAGUGGAUAACUGUUACAAAAAGCUCAGCCUUCUUGGUUUAUCCUGAGCACGUUGACAUGUUUUCUAUGUUGUCGAGAUUUACUGGUGACCUGUUUAACUGGCCACUUUAAUUGUCCAUAAAAGGAUGUGUGUCUUAUGUAAAUUAGUAUACCUAUUAUGAACUGAAAAGUGAAGUUGGGGAAUCCUAGAAUGGAUUUGAAGUGUUUGUUUUAUUUUUCUUGUUCCCUUUGUUGGUGCUGGACAUUGAAUCCAGGGUCUCAUUCAUGCUUCGGAAGUACUCUACAGCGAACUGUCCCUAGCCCCUGAAGUGUUGUUUUUAAUCAAGUGCCCCUCCUUCCAUCCACUUAAUGACGAUAAGACCAUGUUAUAGUCACCUCAUGGAUGUUUACUAAUGUGUCUGGUGUUUUUGUAGAGGAAGAGGUUCAUUUCUGACCCCAGUAUGGUAAUGGUGUAAUUACUUUAUAAAUCAUUUAAUCUUUACCUGUUUUUUCAUUUGUGAUGAGUACUCUUUUUCUUUUAAACAUAAAUUUUGGAGAAUGGAAGACAUCUUUCUGUAUUUAUAAGGUAGCUAAGACUUUUAUUACGUGAGCACAAAGUUUCAUUGGAUUAGAUACUGCUUUGAGACAGGGUCUCUCUACACUGGGCUCUAAUUUUCUUGAAAUCAUUUGAGAUACAAGUAGUUUUUCCUCAAUUGCUUUUAAUUUUUAUGUAAAAUGUUGGUAGAACAUAAUAACAAGUUCUCCAUUGGCCCUGUGUUGUUAAGUAGUCUCUCUCUACCUCUAUACAUGGUGAGACAUUGAGCUAGACCAAGCCAAGGUAGAAUGUUUCAACUAUUCAGUCUGCUUAUGCCACCUCUCAAUCCCUGUUGUAGGCUUUUCCUUUUCUAUCUGAAGUUCUUAAGAUUUAAGUCACACAUUUCUGCUGUGAGAAUGUGAUCACACUUGGCUUCACAGUUUGCUUUGUAGGAUUUUCCUUAAAUUCCUUGUACUCACAGAGAAAUUAUUGAUAAAACGAUUUUGCUUUAUGUGUAGUGUAUCAUGGACAUGGUACAGUUUUUGUUGACCUAGGAAAUAACUUCAACAAAUUGUAUGAGGCUUAAAGCUACCAUUAAUAAUGCAUGUAUCUCUUAAACCACUUUCAUGUUUAGCUGUAAAAGUCUGCUUGUAUUCAGCUGAGGCCUGUAUGUAAUUAAAGAAGUAUUUUAAAGUUAAGAUGUGCAUUUUUACUAGGUAAUUAGCCUUGCUACUUCAUAUUAGGAAAAACAUUGUUUCUUGAAAUGAAGGAUCACAUUUAUUUUGAAGCUAUAGUUUCCUUUCUAAUGUUACCUUUUAUGUUUGGUUUCUUAUUCAAAGGUGAUAAUUUAGUGGGUUAACUGGUACAGUAGCACUGAUCUUUGAAAAAGGGGACUCAAUUUCAAAUCUGUAAUAACCAAAAAUACAUUGUCUUGUGAUAUAUCAGACCUCUUUGUAUUUUGGUUUGAUAUAAAUAAAUUUGCCACCUUAAAUGUUUGUCAAUAAAUAAAUUAAAAAGUUU